AUGGCCAGACUAAACCUUCUAGCAAUUCUACCCGUGGUCAUCCAUGGUCUAAAAUAUUCGGAACGAUCCGCUUUCAAAUGCCGUUACGACUCUAGAUCUCCAGACUGCCGACUGACUGUCGACGACAUCGGCCGUUUUUUCAUCUUUGAAUCGAACGGGUUGCCCGAUCAUGCCGCCGAUGCAAAUGCACGGCCGCAAACGAUUAAGCUUGUGGUGCCAAAGACGCCUCUUGCACUUCAGGAACCAGAAUGUGCAGGUCAAGGAAUGGUUGGAUUGGCGCUAAAUGGAGUUCCGAUCUACAAUUCGCAAACCAUGGCUUGCUGCGAUGCCGCAAUUUCCAAUUUGUCGAAGAUGGAUACGUGCAAUGGACUUGCAGACAAAGAAGGGAUCUACCGGUACCACAUCUAUCCAAAAUGUUUGGAGCAGUGCUCCUUCGGCACGCGAUCGGGCAUCCUCGGUGUCGCUCUCGAUGGGUUUCCUAUUUACGGGCCAAUUGAUGAUGAUGGAGCACAAUUGACUUCAAAGGACCUGGAUGAGUGCCACGGGAAAUGGCAUGGGCACGACUAUCGAUACCAUGUUACUGCCGAUUAUCCUUAUUUUAUUGGGUGCUUCCGGGGACGAGUUCCAGCUCAAAAUAAAGCUACACCAGUUCGAAGAUAUAGACGAUCUUACUCUUGGCGCGAGGGUGAAAGGCUUCCUUCGAGACUUAGUGGUCCAGUAACUACUGCUCUGAAGAUGGGAGAUUGCAAGACUUGCUCGAGAGUGGACGUUUGCAACAAAUUCAGUUCAAAUAAAUUCGUUGGCAAAUUUGAAGAAAACCGUCGAAUCGCUUCCACCAGGACUAUAAAUAGCUUCCCUAAGUAUACCCCUGAAGUACAAAUAAAAUCGUCUAGCUCAAAUAACGAUAGUUAUCAAUAUAAACCACCAUCAAACUUUUGGGGCGGCUUUUCGCAAAACAAAAAGUCCCUUUUUUCUGUAUACACACCUCCUAAACCCGCUACUUCCCCCGCUCCUAAAGUAGCAUCUACCACGGCCCCGAAAACAACCCGCUCUAUAAGAAAUCUAAGCGUUGGAAAUAUGUGGCUGAAUCCAAUUAAAAGAAAUAAGUCCGCUAAAGCCUCAAAAACUACCGUAAAACCUCCCACAACUCAUAAACCGAAAGUCCUCGCAUCGAAUUACAACUCGUUUGCUCGCAAAGAAAACCCAAUUCCAGCCAGAAACCAAAUAACUAAAAAACCGAUCGAAAAGAAAACAACUGCUGCCGAUCUUCUCACCAGGUAUACUCAACUAAAAUCCGGCAGUGCGAAGAGCUCCCCAACUACUCCCCGAAAGAAUUUCCAGAAGAAAGCGAAACCUUCUACUAAAAGGACUACGCCCAACUCUUACGAAAAGGCCCAGUCUAUCAAGUCUCCAAUCGAGUGGGAUGAAAAAGAUCUUCGUCAGAUGCUUGAAGAUACAAGUGUCACAAAGGUUGGAAAGAAAAUCGAUCCUCUUGAAGCGAUUCUGUCUGGUUUACACUCUAAUCCAUUGAAUGUAAAAAAAUCUGGCGAUAGCAACAAUAUUGUCGGCGAAAGCGUUCCAUUCGGAGCCAAAGCGGGCUCGGUUGACUCUCUUUGGGGAAAGGUGCAGCCCAGGCGUAUUCCAAGAAAACUUGAGACAGAACUGCUGCCAACAGUACAGACAACAACGACGACGCGAGUCCCAACAACAACAACGCCAAUGUGGUGGCGUUACACAUCAACUCUUCCUCGGUGGGCAAAGGAAGCCUUGCAAUCAAUCAACCGGCCAAAGAAGUAUUCGGAAUACGUUUGGGUUAAUGGACACAGACGAAGAGUUCCAGACAAUAUUCGCACAAAGCUGGAGAAAGAAAACGCAGAGAAAUUGCCUGAAAAUCGCCUUCGAGAGCUAGAGAGCCUUGUUUCCGAGACAAAAAUGUACAAUAAUGCUCUAAGAGAUCAUUUCGAAAAUGGCAGACGAAGACGCCGAAGAUCUACAAAAGAUGCGGUAGACAUCUACGAUGAAUUGCAGCGUGUUUUGCUUCAAAAAGGAAUCUCUCCUGCAAACAACUUUUUAAUGAAGAAGGAUGGGAUCACUGUGCUCAAGUGUGAGUCUCCACGUUUUCUUACUCCGGAUCCAGAAGACGUUCACCCUCAACAAAUGAGCCCAGAGCUACUCGAAGAAAUGCUGCGUGAGCGUAAAGAUAUUUUUCCCGUCAAACAGAGCGUUUUCUCGCGACUUUUUGAUUGA